CCUGCCCCUUCCUGUGCUGGAGGCAGGCAGAGCUGAAUGGGGCAGGAGAGGUUGGGGCGGGGACCAGGGAAGGAGAGGCCGGGAGGGAGGUCCAGGCAGGGAGCCCUAGCUGGGAGCCGAGCCGGAUCCAGCCUGCAGCCCCAGGUUGGAGGAGGAGGAGGAGGAAGAGGAAGAGGAGCAGCAUCGGCCUGCCCUGUCGGUGGUGGCAGCGCAGCAGCAGCAGCAGCAGCAGCAGCAGCAGCAGCCCUCCCCCCAGGUCCCCUCCCCCUCCCAGGGCAUCCUCCUCUGCUGCUCAGCCCGUGGAAGCCUGUGCUCUUCAUCCCCAGCUAGGCUCGCUCAGGGCCCUCCUCGCCCCUCCCCCGCCGGCUCCCAGCCGGGGGCAUUGUUCCCUGGGCAGGGCGGGGCCAUGGGGGUCUGGCCUGCGGCCCGGGGUUUGGGGGGGCCCCCAGGAGGCCUCUGAGCCCAUCCUGCCCCGGCCUGCCUCCCGCGGCCAUGGUGGACCCCGUGGGCUUCGCCGAGGCGUGGCGGGCACAGUUCCCAGCCUCGGAGCCUCCCCGGAUGGAGCUGGGCUCGGUGAGCGCCAUCGAGCAGGAGCUGAGGCGCUGCCAGGCAUCCAUCCGGAGGCUGGAGGUGGAGGUGAACCAGGAGCGCUUCCGGAUGAUCUACCUGCAGACGCUGCUGGCCAAGGAGCGCAAGAGCUAUGACCAGCGGCGCUGGGGCUGCCCCGACCCCGGCCCGGCAGACAGGAAGCCCCAGGACGCCGAGGGCUCCCCGCAGCCGCAGCCGCCCCCUCGAAGCGGAGGCCGGGGCCAGCCGCCCAGCGUGGCCGCUCUCAGGUCCACCUUCGAGCGUGCCCGGGCUGGGGAGGAGAAGCCCUUCUAUGUGAACGUGGAGUACCACCACGAGCGGGGCCUGGUGAAGGUCAACGACAGGGACGUGUCCGAGCGCAUCAGCAGCCUGGGCAGCCAGGCCAUGCAGCAGGAGCGCCGCAAGGCGGGCCCGGCCGCGGCCACCGACUACGAGGACGCUGAGCUGAACCCCCGCUUCCUGAGGGACAACCUGCUCAGCGCCCGGCCGCCCGCCGACCUCCAGCCCUACCAGAGCGUCUACGUCGGGGGCCCCGCGGCCUGGCGGGAGCAGGACAAGCCCCUGACGUGGCCCCGCGGUGCCUCCUCCCCCCGCAGCUUCGAGGAGCUCGGUGGGGGCGGCUACACCCCGGACUGCAGCUCCAACGAGAACCUGACCUCCAGCGAGGACGACGACGAGGACGACGACGAGGACGGCGACGGCUCCUCCAGCCGCGCGUCCCCCAGCCCGGGCGCCGGGGCCCCCAAGAGCCGCUCCCCCUCCCAGAACUCCCAGCAGUCCCUGGACAGCAGCAGCAGCCCCCCGACGCCCCAGGCCCAGAGGCGGCCCCGGCCGGGCCAGGUGGUCGUGGCCGAAGCCACCAUCGUGGGCGUCCGCAGGACCGGCCAGAUCUGGCCCGCAGGAGGUGGCGGCACCGGGGACGAGCCUGCCCGGGCCCAGGACGCCGCGUUCCCUGGAGACCCAGACACGUCCUUCGGCACGCCGCCGGGCUAUGCCUAUGACGCCGACCACGCGGAGCAGCAGCGGCGCUGGCAGGAGCCUCGAAUGCCGUACAUUGACGACUCACCCUCGUGCUCGCCCCGGCUCGGCGGCCAGAGCAGGGGCAGCCCAGCCUCGGGCACGAGCGAGCCGGACGCAGAGAAGGGCCUGGAGAUGAGGCGGUGGGUGCUGUCGGCCAUCCUGGACAGUGAGAAGACCUACCUGGGCCACCUGGAGGCUCUGCUGCUGCCCAUGAAGCCUCUGAAGGCGGCCGCCACCACGUCGCAGCCGGUGCUGAGCGGGCAGCAGAUCGACACCAUCUUCUUCAAGGUGCCAGAGCUCUACGAGAUCCACAAGGAGUUCUACGACGGGCUGGGCCCCCGCGUGGACUGCUGGAGUCAGCAGCAGCGUGUGGGCGACCUCUUCCAGAAGCUGGCCAGCCAGCUCGGGGUUUACCGGGCCUUCGUGGACAACUACGAGGCCGCCAUCGAGAUGGCCGACAAGUGCUGCCAGGCCAACGCACAGUUCGCCGAGAUCUCUGAGAACCUGCAAGCCCGCGGCGCCAAGAGCUCCAAAGACCCGACACCCAAAAACUCUCUGGAAACUCUGCUCUACAAGCCAGUGGACCGUGUGACCCGCAGUACCCUGGUGCUCCACGACCUGCUGAAGCACACGCCCGCUGGGCACCCCGACCACCCCCUGCUGCAGGACGCCCUCAGGAUCUCCCAGAACUUCCUGUCCAGCAUCAACGAGGAGAUCACGCCGCGCCGGCAGUCCAUGACAGUCAAGAAGGGCGAGCAGCACCGGCAGCUCCUCAAGGACAGCUUCAUGGUGGAGCUGGUGGAGGGGGCGCGCAAGCUGCGGCACGUCUUCCUCUUCACAGACCUCUUCCUGUGCGCCAAGCUCAAGAAGCAGACGGCAGGCAAAAGUCAGCAGUACGACUGCAAGUGGUACAUCCCGCUCACGGACCUGAGCUUCCAGACGCUGGACGAGGCCGACGCGGCACCCGCCAUCCCGCUGGUGCCCGACGAGGAGCUGGACGCCAUGAAGACGAAGAUCUCCCAGAUCAAGAGCGACAUCCAACGCGAAAAGAGGGCCCACAAGGGUGGCCGAGCCCUGGAGCGGCUGAAGAAGAAGCUCUCGGAACAAGAGUCUCUGCUCCUGCUCAUGUCGCCCAGCAUGGCCUUCAGGGUCCACAACCGCCACGGCAAGAGCUACACCUUCCUCAUCUCCUCCGACUACGAGCGCGCCGAGUGGAGGGAGCACGUGCGGGAGCAGCAGAAGAAAUGCUUUAAGAGCUUCUCGCUAACCUCGGUGGAGAUUCAAAUGCUGACCAACUCGUGCGUCAAGCUGCAGACGGUCCACCACAUCCCCCUGACCAUCAACAAGGAGGAUGACGAAGCGGCCGGCCUCUACGGGUUCCUGAACGUCAUCGUCCACUCGGCCACGGGCUUCAAGCAGAGCUCGAAUCUCUACUGCACUCUGGAGGUGGACUCCUUCGGCUACUUCGUGAACAAGGCCAAGACGCGCGUCUACAGGGACACGACGGAGCCCAACUGGAAUGAGGAGUUCGAGAUCGAGCUGGAGGGCUCCCAGACCUUACGGAUUCUGUGCUAUGAGAAGUGCCACCACAAGGCCAAGCUUCCCAAGGACGACGGGGAGCCCACGGACCGCAUGAUGGGCAAAGGGCAGAUGCAGCUGGACCCCCAGGCCCUGCAGGACAAAGACUGGCAGCGAACUGUCAUCGCCAUGAACGGGAUUGAGGCCAAGCUCUCUGUGAGGUUCAGCAGCCGCGAGUUCAGCCUGAAGAGGAUGCCGUCCCGCAAGCAGACGGGUGUCUUCGGGGUCCAGAUCUCCGUCGUCACCAAGCGGGAGAGGUCCAAGGUACCCUACAUCGUGCGUCAGUGUGUGGAGGAGAUCGAGCGCCGCGGCAUGGAGGAAGUGGGCAUCUACCGUGUGUCCGGGGUGGCCACCGACAUCCAGGCCUUGAAGGCUGCUUUCGACGUCAACAACAAAGACGUGUCGGUGAUGAUGAGCGACAUGGACGUCAAUGCCAUCGCCGGCACGCUAAAGCUGUACUUCAGGGAGCUGCCUGAACCCCUCUUCACAGACGCACUGUACCCCAGCUUCGCAGAGGGCAUCGCGCUUUCGGACCCUGUGGCCAAGGAGAGCUGCAUGCUGAACCUGUUGCUGUCCCUGCCUGAGCCCAGCCUCCUCACCUUCCUCUUCCUCCUGGACCACCUAAAAAGGGUGGCGGAGAAGGAGACCCUCAACAAGAUGUCCCUCCACAACCUGGCCACCGUCUUCGGGCCAACCCUGCUCCGGCCCUCCGACAAGGAGAGCAAAGUCCUACCGACCCCGAGCCAGCCCAUCAGCAUGGCCGACAGCUGGUCCCUGGAGGUCAUGGCCCAGGUCCAGGUGCUGCUCUACUUCCUGCAGCUAGAGACGCUCCCAGCCCCCGAUGCCAAGAGGCAGAGCGUCCUUUUUUCCACCGAAGUGUGAUGGCUGUAGGAUGCCGGCAUCCACGGGCCGGGCGGCCCCUGGGUCAGGAGGCAGGGAUGCCGGGGCAGCAGAGCUCUUACCAACCAGGGGUCCCUGGCCUGGGCAGGAAGGGCUGCUGGUUCCUGUCCUCUCACCUCAGAGGCCCCAAGGCCUCCCCUCUCUUUGCUGGGGGAAAGGCUUGCAAGUGGAGCUGGGCCCCCCCAAGGAGGACCCUCAGGAAGUCUGGUGGAGAACACCCCGUGCUGCCCCCUCUCCUGCUGGCUCUCUGCAAGGCCCCCGACGCCCUCUGGAGUUCGCUCGCUCGCCCCAACCUUCCUGUUCGCCUCGUGCCCAAAGAGACUCAGCUCCAGGAUGCUCGAGGCCUCUCUCAAGGCUGGCCGUGUCCAGAAGGGGCCGGACUCUCGGGGACGAGGGCUGGGCUGCCCUACAGGGAACAUGUCCUUCCGUCCAUGUGGGCCUGUUCCUGCCCCCUUGCUCUUAUUUAUGGGGGACGUGGAAUAUUGAAUAUUAAAUGCCACAUUCUAGGGUGUGUUGGCACGUGA